AUGUUCUUCCUCUACGGCGCUCAAGGUCCCACUGCCUUCAGCAACGGCCCCACGUGUGUCGAAGUCCAAGGCGACUGGAUCGUCGACGCCAUUGCCACACUGCAAAAGACCGGCAAACAGACAAUCGAACCCACCAAGGAUGCAGAGACCGGCUGGCACAAGCUGGUCACCGAGCUCUCAGACAAAACCCUGUUCCCUGGCACCGAGUCCUGGUAUAUGGGUGCCAACAUCCCUGGCAAGCCAAGAGAACAACUCAACUUCCCUGGCGGUUUCCCCAUGUACGAGAAGGAAUGUAGAAAUGCACUCGAUGGCUGGAAGGGCUUCGUUGUUGCUUGA